AUGGCAUCCCAAACACAUGGCAUACAGCAGCUUUUAGCGGCAGAAAAACGAGCUGCGGAAAAGAUUAAUGAAGCACGGAAACGUAAAGCUCAACGUCUAAAGCAAGCGAAGCAAGAAGCACAAGCUGAGAUUGAAAAGUAUAGAACGGAACGAGAACGUCAAUUCAAAGAAUAUGAGCAUAAAUAUCUCGGUAAGAAGGAAGAUAUCGAAAUGAAAAUCAAACAAGAAACUGAAGAAAGCAUCAAACAGAUGGAAAAAUCUGUCGCAAAGAAUAAGCAGCAGGUAAUCGUACGUUUGCUACAGCUAGUCUGUGAUAUUCAACCGGAAUUGCAUAUGAAUCUUCAAAUUCAGAAGAAACUUCAUGGAGCACAUCUUUAG